GGAUAAAUAUAGGGUGAUAGUCAUCGCUCCCAGUUACUGAGGCCCCGAUGACAUUGAGAACCAAAGACUUCUCCCCUUCUCUCCACUGCCACUCCCAGUGAACUAGCCAGUCAAUACAGAGCAGCCGCUUGCAGAAGUUGAGGACAGACUGCUGUCACAAUGAAGCUGGUUCGGACCCUUUUCCUUUGCCUGGUGUUGGUGGUGAAGCUGUCCUACUCUCAGGAGGAGGGUGAAGAGGUGGAGGCGGAGGCCCCCGAAGAGCAUGCAGAAGGCCCAGGCGGUGAGGUAGUGGAUGAGAGGAAGCCAUGUGCCGGCUGGAUGGGAGGCGUGCCAGGAACCCCGGGACACAAUGGAGCCUCCGGGAGAGACGGCAGAGACGGACGAGAUGGAACAAAGGGAGACACAGGAGAACCAGGUGCACCUGGAGAGAAGGGUGACACCGGAGAGCCUGGCCUUACUGGUCCAGAGGGACCCCGCGGCUUCCCUGGCACCCCAGGCCUGAAGGGCGACCAAGGGGAGAGCGCCCUCCUCUACCGCUCUGCCUUCAGUGUGGGGCUGACAGACCGCACCCCCAUGCCCAACGUGCCCAUCAAGUUCAGCAAGAUCUUCUACAACGGCCAGAGGCACUACGAUGACAGCACAGGCAAGUUCCGCUGCUCCAUUCCUGGAGUGUACUACUUCACCUACCACCUCACUGUCUACCUGAAAGACGUCAAGGUCAGCCUGUACAAGAGUGACAAGACCAUCAUGUUCACUUUCGACCAGUUCCAGGAAAACAACGUCGACCAGGCUUCAGGCUCCAUCGUCCUGCACCUGGAGACAGGGGAGGAGGUCUGGCUUCAGGUGUACGGAGAAGAGGCCUAUGCAGGAAUCUACGCCGAUAACAUCAACGAUUCCACGUUUUCUGGAUUCCUUCUCUACCCUGAUAUGAAAACAGUAAACGGAGAUCGCUAAAGGGGUGUUCGUGCAGGAGGGACGGGUGAAGGCAUCAGCAGUGUAUACUUAUUAUAAUCAUAUUAUUCUUUUAAGGUUUGUGAUACUUUACUUAAACUUCUAUCAAACGCCCACUUUGGACAACAACGGAGGAUCUCUAGAUCUCUCUUCCCCGUUAAGAAAUUUUUUCCCUUUAAUUUCGAUUUUGUUUUGUUUACUUACUGGUAAAUAGUGUAAUUUACUCUGUUGUUAAUAAAGAGAACAUCUCUUCAAUGGUAGUUUCAGUAUAUCGCCAGUGAGAAUACGCUGUACCCUACACCUUAAAGGAAUUAUACUGUACAAAUACUAUAAAUUACUGGUUGACCCCAGUAUAUUAUACCAAGUGGCCUUGUUGCAUUGACUGAAGCCAGUUCACCAGACUUGCACGAUGUGAGAGAGCAACAGAGGUUUUUUAUUCAGAGUUAAAAUGACCAGGUGGGUCUAUGUGGCAUAGAAAUGUAAUUGUGUCCUCUGUCCACUCAAAGUCUAAUACAGCUCUGCUGCUUAACUUGAUAGCCAGAUGGCUGCACUCCAUGUUACCAGUUGUUGGACUUCUCACAUUUUAUUUAAAGGUAUUUUUAUUCACAAAGGUCACCAAGGAUGCAUAUGUAUUCUGAUGCUGCUUACAGCCAAUAACAAACAGCAGGCCCAGAAGAAAGAGUUGAAAUCAGUUUUGUGUGCUGUCUUAAAAUAUUCCUAUUCAAAUAUUCAAAUGUAUAUUGAAAAUGUUAAGAUUUUCCCAGAAUGACAUAUUAAAACAGUCUUUUAUUAUUCAAUAA